AUGUCUCAGAAUCAUCAGGAUGCUAAUCAAACGCCUGCCCCCGCACGUUUACGCCGGGGCCCAGUAUUCUCCUUGAAUCCUUUUCCACCUCGUAGCGGUGUCAGUCAAUUUGCAACCCCCCCUCGUUUUCAGUUCCCAGAAGAGCCAUAUACAGACGAUGCUGGGAGCAUAUUUCGAAGUAGUGGUCGACCAUCGCAGGGAUUCUUUCGAGCGCCUAAUCGGACAUUUGAUAUUUCAAGUCCAUUGAAGGGAGAUAGAAAUAAGGCUCUGCAGGUUUCUGAUGAUGAGAUUGAAGACGAUCUCGACGAUACAAAAAACACCACUUGCAACGGUGAUGAAGCGUUUAUAGAACUGGAUGAUAUCUUUCCUGUCUCGCGGCGCUCGAACAAGAGACCUUGGACAUCUCCACAUUCAGCACAUAGAGCUGCGAUAACCAAUCACGAUGUCAUCGAUGAUAACUUUGAUGAUGAAAUUAAGGACUCAAGUCCACCAAUACCAGAUUCUUCGUCACCACCACCAAUUCAGAGCAGAUCUAAAAACCCCAAGCUGGAAUCACCAACUCCACGGCCACAAUUUACUGGUCGACUAGUCGACGACGAACUCUCUGGUCCGGAGAGCUUUGAGCCACUUUCUCAACCCCAAACGCCGAAGCAGGACCAUGUUUCAUUAAAUAUAGACGGCCACCCCAGUAGUAUGGCAUCAUCUACUUUUCAAAACCGGCCACGAUUCAUUCUCUCAGCGAAUUAUACUCCAGCAUCGACAGCCACACCUGCUGCUUCAACUCCCCAACCCACACGGAAGAAACCUACAUUUGUGCUACCGCGAUCACCAUCCCCAAAGGAAGAAGAUGCCUUAUCAUCCGCAAUCCCGGUACCGUUUUCGCCUAUGGCAACUCGUACGCUUCGCCGCACAGGACGGCCAAAAUUAUUAGCGACUGCAACGUAUGUGCCUGGUGGUAUGGCCGAGCAUCUUCGGGACUGGAUCAUGGAGGCCGAUAUGAAACGAAAAGCUUCAUCAGAUCGACAGUUGAAUCAAAAGCAAAACGAUGCUCGAUUUGCGAUCAUCGGGAGGAUUGACUCAUGUCACAACGCAUUUCUCAAAUCUUCUGGUCCAGUUAUUAUGGCUCAGAUAACUCUAGAUAUUACUCGAAAGGAUGAGCCCCCAAACGCCCAUAACGAAACUCAACGUAUAACUGUUUUGUUACUGGGUGUAUCCGCUUCUCGUGCAUAUACCAACAACACCCGCCAGUCAUCUACUGAUGGGUCGACUUCGGAUGAGAGAUUGAAACCCAGCGAUAUCAUCGGGAUUGGACCGCACCUGUCAUGGGAAAUCGAGGUAGGUCCCAUGAAAACCAAUGAAACAACAAGCAAUGUCCAAACACCAGGUCAUCGAGUUGUUCCUUCUUCGCAAUCCGAUUCCGAAGGUGACUUCGAAGACCAAGGUGAAGAAGUUAUUACACCACCGGGAAGUUCUGCUCAUCCUACGCAUUCUACGCAAAAGACGUGGCUGGUAGCUGCCGAGUGGGAUUUAUUGAACUAG